AUGGCAGAUGCCAUUGUUGGUCCGCUGCUGAGCAAGCUGCAGGCGGUAGCAGUGACAGAGGGGAAGGCCCUAGCUGCCGUGGGCAAUGAGAUUGAUCGCCUCCGCGACAAGCUCAUGUGGCUGCAUGCGCUAGUGCACGAGACUGACCUCCGCAGCAGGUCAGACAGCAACCAGCAAAUCCGUGUGCUCGCAUACCAGGUGCGCGAGGUCGCCUUUGUAGCCGAGGACGCCAUCGACAAUUUCUUCCUGCAGGCCGACCUCUCCCGCUUCGGUCACAACUGGCGUCAGGCGGCCGCCAUGUUCUUCUCUAACUUCGGCACACAGAUCCGCGUCCGGUACAUCCUCUCCCGACAGAUCAAGUCCAUGAACGCGCGGCUAGAGGAUAUUGUCGACAACAGUGCGAAAUAUCGCAGCGACAAUGGAAGUACAAAUGCGAUCACAUGGAGGGCGUCGCGUGCCAUCCCUCCGGUCCGCCAAAACUGGGACCACACAGACUUGGAGGAGAACCAACAGGCUGUGCCAAUACGCAAGGACGAAGAAAAGGAAUUGCAUGACCUCCUCCUUGUCACAAAUGAAAGCCGUGUGAUUUAUGUGGUUGGAGAGAGUGGUAUCGGGAAAAGGUAUCUGGCAGAGAAAGCAUACAAAAAUGAAACCAUUAAGAAGAAUUUUGAGGUACGUAUGUGGGUGAGCUUUCCACAAGACACCAGUAACAUCACUGAUCAAGUAGAAAGAAAGCUGGAAGAUGAGUGCUCCAAGCUACAACCUAGCGGGAAGAAUAUAGACCAAGUGAAGUACUUGGUUGUGGUAGAUUGCCAAAUGAGCAGCACCAUACUCGAGGCACAGAAUUGGCUCAAGGCCGGCAGAGAAGGUAGCAAGAUUGUGCUGACAGCGACGUCCAGUCCCUGUGCUGAUGACAUCGUUGAGCUUCGUUGUCUACCCAAAGAUACGAGCGAGAAGUUGUUCAACAGGAUCCUGGGCCUCCGGGGGCGCCGGAUGAGUAAUUACAAGACAGAAAGGAUGGAUACGAUCCGUAAAGACAUUGAAAAGAUAACCAAGGGACUACCACUGGCGGUGGUUCUUCUUGCCAAGCUCAUGAGGACAAUGGACUACAGCAAGUGGGAGGCAGCAUCGACGUACCUCAAGGAGAACAACCAAGACGACCUGCUCAUGACCAUAGUGUCCAUGAGCAUCGAUGACCUCCCCAACGAACACAGGUCGUGCUUGCUCUACACGGCAGGCUUCCCGGCCCGGAGCGCAGCACGAUCGAUGCUGGCCAACUAG